GGGAGGAAAUGACGUGAUGUUAUUUUUGUGUCAGGUCAGUUAUUCCAGUCCUCGAGCGCUGAGGCUUACUGCCCCGCCGCGACCGCUCCCUCCGCGCUCGGCGACCUCAGAGCUGGGCGCCAGGGCUUCCCCGCCGCCCAGUCCGUCUCCCCUCGCCGCGAACUCGGCAGUCCCUGGAGAAGGGGGGGUUCGGGGCGUCUGCCGAGGGACUCCGAGGCAUCCUGCGUCGGGGGUUCGUUUUCUCUGCGCUCCACUCCUCCCCGGGUCUCCGGCUGCCGCCUCCAGGCUCUGGCUGACGGGGACGGGGUGAAGACCCCCUUUCCAGAGUGGGAGAACAGAACGAGAGGCGGAGGCUGCCCAGGGCCCGGGCGGGGGCCGAGCGCAGAAGCACCCGGGGCGCGCAGUCCACAGGCGCAGUUUGGGGGACUGAGCGCCGCCCGCCUCGCAACAUUCACUAGGUCCAGGCGCGCGGUCCCGCACGCGCUCGGCCCCCGCACGCUCGGCGCGGGAUGGAGAGCGAAGGUUUUGCCGACGCUGCCAACACUGGCUGGGCGUCGCACCCUCCCCCUCAGGGGUGAAGGAGGAGAGCUCAGGUCGGGGCGCAGGACUCGCCGCUGGGGGCCUGGGGAGGUGCCCCCAACCGCCACCGCCGCCGCCGCCGCCAGAGGGAGGCGAGCCCGGGAUUGCCCAGCCCGCGCAGGAGGAGGGAGGGGGCGGGGAGCAGGCAGAGCGAGGAAGGAAGAGGAAGCGAGAAGUGGGCGAGAGCGAAGACGGAGCUUCGGGUAGGGGAAAGCCGAGGAGAGCAGUCGCGGGCGUAGUAAGGACCGCACUCGGCCUUGCCUUAAAGUAAGGCACACGCCGGACGCAUGCGCACGGCCGGCGGGGGCGAGCGGGCGGGAGCCUCUCCGGCUGGUCGGGCGGACGGUGGGAUCGUGAGUACCCGGCUCCCUCAGUGUCCCCGUUUUUCCUCUCGGAAUCGCGCUGAGGCUUCGGGCUGGGAAGCGACAGCGUCGGUGCGGGCGCGCACGCUCGGCGGCACCCGGGGCUCGUACCCACCGCGCAGCCGGAGAGGGUGCGAGUCUGUUGCCCCUUUAGGAGCCCACCCCGGUCCGGUCCGGUCCGCUAGUCCGUGCGUGUCGGGAAGCGGUGUGGGCCGAGGUGCGUCUGUGUCUGAAGAGGGCCGUCGAGCCGAGACCAGUCUCUACCUGGUCCGCCAGGCGCCCGCCCGCGCCGUUCCAGCUCUGCUGCCCUGGGUCUCGGACAGGGUGGGGGACGCGGCAGCCGCUUAUCGAUCACCCCAGCACGUGUGGGAGCCUCGGGGCGGGAGAAAAGUGGGCGUCCGCACGGGAUGGUGAGAAGGGCGAGGAAGGGAGCGGGCGUCUGAGGCGGGCCCUUUGAGCGCCGGUGGGAAGGGGAAGGCGCCGCCCCCGGAGUCGCAGCACCUCCCUUUCGGAGACGGCGGCCCGGGCGGGGCCCGAGGAGCAGGGCCGGGGAGCGUGGCCCGGCGGGGACGGUUUGGUGCCCGAGUUUACCCAAGACGCUCUUCUCGCCCCCGGAAGCUGCACGGACAGAUCUGCCCCUUCAGGUGCCGGCGUCGUGGAGACUGUCUGUGGACAAACCCGGCGCUUGGUCUUCCCCACUUUCGGAGCUGCGCUGGGGAAGUUGGAACGAGUCCGGGCGCCCGGCGGCGCGGUCGGAGGGUGGCGAGCCUAUGGGAUCCGAAUGCAUGGAGAUGCGACAGAGGCAGACAGCCCCACAGGGGGCUCCAGGCUCCACCUCGGACCAGAGCGGAGCAGGGAGUCAGGGCUCCAAUGCUUGCUGCUUCUGCUGGUGCUGCUGUUGUAGCUGUUCGUGCCUCACUGUUAGAAACCAAGAAGAGCAGAGACCCACAAGAGCUACCCAUGAACUCAGAAUAAACUUCCCAGCCUGCGAAGAAAGCCCAACCCCUACUCUGGAGGAGGUCAGCGCCUGGGCUCAGUCCUUCGACAACUUAAUGGUUACCCCUGCAGGAAGAAAUGCUUUCCGGGAAUUCCUCCGCACAGAAUUCAGUGAAGAAAAUAUGCUUUUCUGGAUGGCCUGUGAGGAAUUGAAAAAGGAAGCUGAUAAAAACAUUAUCGAAGAGAAAGCCAGGAUAAUAUACGAAGACUACAUUUCUGUUCUUUCUCCUAAAGAGGUCAGCUUGGACUCUCGAGUAAGGGAAAUCAUCAACAGAAACAUGGGCGAGCCAUCCCCACACAUAUUUGAUGACGCCCAGCUUCAGAUUUACACCCUCAUGCACAGAGACUCAUACCCCCGAUUCAUGAACUCUGCUGUCUAUAAGGACUUGCUUCAGUCCUUAUCUGAGAAACCAGUUGAAGCGUAGGAGUCUUCAAAUAUAUUUAUUAUUAAGAAAACAAUAAAAGAACUACAUGGACUACACCUAGCACAGGGAAUUUAGAGGUAGUAAUACCUUCUACUGGAGAAAUACUCAAGACUAUUUUAAUAACAAAUGCUUCCUUCCUCCAACAAAAGGCUAUCUUUUCACAGUGUAAAUUACAACCACCUUUAGUGAUACUUUUGAGGAAAACUGGGAUAUGGCUGAUUAAGAAACAGAGUAUAUUACAUUUACAAUAACAGCAGCAUGUUCCCAAUGGCAAAGUAUGCACUGGAAGAUACCGUGCUGCCCAGAGCAUGUACAUCCAUCCACAGGAGCAAGCGGGACCACUUUGUUUUGCAUGAAUUCAGCAACCGAUUAUCCCCAAAGGAAAACAUUCAAGUGCUUCUCAGCUACCUUUUCAUUCCAUCAAGCUGGGUCUGAAUACUUCACUUAUCAUUGCCAUGACAAGACCCAAAUUCACAUUUACUAAAGAUGUAACCAGUACUGUAAUCCACUAUAUAUCUUACAGUAUGUAUGUACAUAGAUACAUAUGUGUGCACGUGUACCUGUACCUGGUUAAUGUAAAGCACUGUGCUCUUAAGUGGAUCAGUCUCCAAUGUUUGGUAAGAGUAGCAGGACUCAGAAAAUUCUUUUGUUGAAAGGAAUUAACUGUUAUUUUAUGAUCAGAAUUUGCCAACCUAAAGAACGAAUUUUUAGGUUCACAGCUUGGUCAUGUUCACAACAAACUUUCAAAAUAUGCAUAUUUCCAUUUUUAUUAUUGAGAGAAAUAUGGGCAUUUUCACUCUAAAAAAAUAAAGCACAAGAGUUUUAUCUCAAUUUUUAUGUUUUUCAUAGGUAACUAUUUGAGAAACAUAACAUUAAGUAGGGAUACAUGCAACAUAUUUUAGCUCCCAGACCAGUGUUUUGUUUUUAGAUACCACUACUUUUAACACAGGCAAAUGGAAUAACUUCAUAGUUUAUAGGUGAAAACAGUUUGUAGCUCUAAACUACCCUGAAGAAACCUAUGUAUACAAUUAAUGGAAAAGACACAAAAUCUGGGCUGAUUUCAGUAGUUAGACAUUAAUUUGCAAGAGGCCCACACCACGUUUAAGCCUCAUAUGAGAUAGCCCCUCCUUCCCCCUCCCCAGUACAGGGGAUUGAACCCAGGGCCUUUCCACUGAGCUACAUCCCUAACCCUUUGUUAUUCCGAGCUAAAUUCCUAAGUUACUACUCAGACUGGGCUAAAACUUGGGACCCUCCAGCCUCAGCCUCAGCCUCGUGAGUGCCUGGGAUGACAGAUGUGUGCCAUCUGCCCGGCCGUCUUGGCCAUCUGCCUCCCUUAUCUGGCCCUCCAGAGUCUGACUCUGUCUUCACUAUUCAACCCAAGCAUCAAACUGAGGCCUCACUCUUGGGAAACCAUCUACUUUACUGAGAAAAUUGUGAGCCUAACCCCCUGCACUUCUUGUGUACCCUUACAUAUGUAGAGAUCAGCAUCUCUUCUCACCUCCUUCAGUCCACUCCCAGCGAACAGUGUGCUCUUUUUUUUUUUUUCAAGAUUUUAGUCUUCUACAUGGGCUUUUGAUUCCACUAUCUUUCCAAUGUUUUUGGAAUUAAGACACAAACACUGUCCUCUGGUAUUUUACAUCAGUAAGGAAACAGACAAUUCAGUGACAACCACAGUACAGUGUAGUGAGUACAAUAAAGGGAUGAGAGCUACAGGAAACUGCAGGGUUAUGGGAAGAUUUGGGUGGAGGGGCCCACAGGGAAAACCACAGAACAAAGAGAAUAUGUACGUGCUGAUGGGGGCCGACUGCAGAUGAAAGGGAAGGUGACCAAAGUGGCCCCGGUGAGGCCAGUGAUGGGCAUGCCGAGGAUGGGGACACUGUAAGACACAGAAAAGGAGAUGACAGGAAAUCCGCUGAGUGGCAGGACCUGGGUGGUCGGGAUUCCGGGUGGGGCUAUCGAUCUGGAAUGUUUCAGACAGACAGAGAGAGUGCCCGGAGAGGUGCAGCGUGAAGAGGGCCGAGGACAGACCCUUGUGCGGACGGAUGGAGACGUGCCAGUCCCAAAGGAGACUUAGGAGGAUCUGCCUCGGUACAGCAUUUUACCCAAGUGCACACUGCUGCCUCCAUUUCUUCACCUCCUUGUUUCCACUAAAACCACUCUGAGACGCCAACCUGCUCUACAGAGGCUCCCACGAUACCUACAAAUCUAAAUCACACUACUCCCCAGCCUAGUCUCACUGCAGUGUUCAGCUUCCUGGCAUCAUGGACAGAUCCUGACUUGAAACCCUACUUCCCUGUCUUGGAGGCACCCUCCUAGUUCUCCAUAUUCUCUGUCAUCUUUAUCUACUUGCUCCCCAGACUACCAAACCAGGACCUGCUCUCAGCUGUCUCCUGAACUUGAGAAUCAGCUGACAUCGCCACUGAUGCACCCCUCAGAUGAGUGAGACUCAGCCUUCUUCACUUGGACUCCUCACCCCACUGCCAUCCCAUCCUCCAAACCUGCCCCUCGCUUAUAAUCUGGUCCCCGAGCCAGUCACCCAAACCUGUAUCUGGGUGUCAACUUUGACUCUUCUCUUUCUCCUCCCAAACAGGCAAGGCUUGCCAAUUAUUAAAUAUUUUCCACAGUCUC